AUCAUUUCUCACCAAAUUUUUUGAGGAACGCAUUCAAAAAGAUUUUUAAGUAAAUUUUGUUUAUAUAGGUCGAUCAUCAUUGGACUGCAAGGAUUGCUCGCCUGAUGCCACCUGUGAGAAUGGGAUUUGUCAAUGUAAGGAAGGCUUUGAAGGCGACGGCUUCAACUGCACAGAUGUGAAUGAAUGCCUUCGAGCACCAUAUCUCUGCGAUAAAAAUGCAGAAUGCUUGAAUCGUGAAGGAUCAUUUAUUUGCACUUGCCUGCCAGGAUAUGCUGGAAAUGGGUACAAUUGUACACAAACUAAAAAUGCCUGCCUCGACAAGUUUGAUAGAGGAUAUCAAGAAACUUGUGGCAAAGAAAACUGGCGCCAGCAUUACUUUCUCGACCAUAAAUCAAAAUUGUAA